ACGGCUCCAACAAAAAUAUGAUAUUGAGGUACGGAGCACAUCCUCUAAGACUGUGAAGAUGCGCAAUCUCAGAAAUGUUCGAUACGAUGGAUGGUCUCUUCCUACCCAGUUUCGGGAGAGAUCUGUGACGGCGGCGACUUGGGAUCUCGCCAAUGACUCUGUUCUCUGUACCCUUGGGCCAACCGAGAACGAUGCUCUCAUAGAGCUCGUGCGGGUUGAUGCCAGAUCAAAGUCACAGAAGCAUACAGUUCUUGCAUCAUGGGAUGCACCAUGCCCAAACGCUGAUCUGUCCUGUGAUGAGGUUCUCAGCCUCCAUUAUUUUGGAGACAGUCUGACAGCAUGUCUCGUUCUGGCUGGCGGCGAUAUUAUCGUUGUGAGAGAGGAACCCAUGCCAGGUGAGGAUCGAAUUGAGAUCAUGGGAUCAGUCGAUGCUGGCAUCACAGCGGCGGUAUGGUCACCUGAUGAGGAACUGCUCGCAAUUACAACGAAAGCGGACACAGUGGUGUUCAUGAGUCGGAGCUUUGAAGGCAUUACAGAUGUCUCCAUGACUCCCGAGGACUUAAAAGCCUCGAAUCAUGUUUCCGUCGGCUGGGGUAAAAAGGAGACCCAAUUCAAAGGCAAAGGGGCCAAAGCCUUGCGAGAUCCUACCAUGCCUGAAAAAAUAGAUGAGGGCGUCCUCAGUCCUAACGAUGAUUCAAGAGUCAGCAUCUCUUGGAGAGGAGAUGGAGCAUAUCUUGCUAUAUCGACCAUCGAGGGAGGAGCUAGGAGAAUUAUUCGAGUCUACUCCAGAGAGGGUAUCUUGGACAGUGUCAGUGAACCUGUCGACGGACUUGAGGGCACUAUCAGCUGGAGACCCGCUGGUAAUCUCAUAGCUGGGAUCCAACGCCUUGAAAAUCGCGUUGAUGUUGUUUUCUUCGAGCGGAAUGGCCUCCGCCAUGGUCAAUUCAGCCUACGACUUACCCCUGAGCAAAUGGCCCUUUCUGAACAACACAUCAGACUUUCGUGGAACUCGGAUUCAACAGUCCUAGCGGUUAUAAUGUCUGAUUGUACUCAAUUGUGGACUAUGGGUAAUUAUCACUGGUACCUUAAACAAGAGAUCAAAACCAACACUGCUCCCUUGUUACCAUGUAACCCCAUAAUCUGGCAUCCGGAGAAGCCAUUACUGCUCGUAACUGCGGCAUCGAAUUCUAUCAAUGUUGUGGAGUAUGUCUUCACGACGGCUCGCGGUUCAACAACACCUCCACACGAUCAUGGACUAGUCGCUGUGAUAGACGGCCAAUCAAUAAAAGUGACGCCUUUCAUGGCAGCGAACAUACCUCCUCCUAUGGCAUUACACGAGAUUACAGUUAAUUCAAAUGCAGCAGAUGUUGCUUUCAAUGGGGAUUCAUCAAUCGCUGUCUUACACCAACAAGGCAUUUCAUUGUUUGAAUAUAAAAAUGUCUCGGCGUCCGGUUCACCUCCAACGUUGAAUGGGCGUUACACCUUCGAGAAAACCGAGUCUCCUGAGGGUUUCUACCAGCAGAUUUCCUUUUCGCAAAACAACGAGAUACUGGUGUUGCAGCAGUAUAAAGGUGACUCUGUCAUCAGACGAUAUGGUUUCAAUGAGGAUUCAGGUAGAAUGGAGGAGAAGCUCCAGGACAGUCCUACUUCGACGAUUUCGUUAUUAUCGACUUUUAACGAGGGUGGUUUGAUUCAACCAUUCGUACAGGACAUGUCAGGAAGCUUGUACAGCCUUGGGUCUGGAGUCCACUCACAGCUCCAAUGCAGAUUUCCUAUGAACCUGCCCUGGGUUGAGAUAGCUCCACGUGACGAUUCUCACAUAGCGUUUGGAAUGUCUGCAAAUGGCCACCUGUAUGCAAAUACACGUCUCCUGGUCAAGAAUUGUACCUCCUUCCUCGUCACGCCUGCCCAUCUUAUAUUCACGACAACAAGUCAUCUUAUCAAAUUUGUACACAUCACGGAUGUUGACAGUUUAGAGGUCCCACCAGAUGAUCCAGAGAUAGACGAGAGAUGCCGCAGCAUUGAGCGUGGAGCUCGACUUGUUACUGCCAUGCCCACAUCUGCUAAUCUCGUGUUGCAAAUGCCUCGGGGCAAUGUUGAGACUAUCUACCCCCGUGCGAUGGUUGUUGCCGGUAUACGCAAGCUUAUCAAGGAGAAGAAUUACAGGAAGGCCUUCACGAAUUGUAGGACUCAAAGAGUUGAUAUGAAUAUCUUAUAUGACCACGCACCCGAACAGUUUCUGGCAAAUGUGCCUCUGUUCAUAGAUCAAGUCAAGAAGAUCACCUACAUUGAUCUGUUCCUUUCCUCCCUUAGGGAAGAAGAUGUUACCCAGACCAUGUAUAAGGAAACUAGGGUUCUGCCAGGACGUGAAAGUGGCGUCCCCCACCCCAAUGGCACGAAUAGUGCAAAUCAACAAAAUGCCGACCCCGUCAACACCUCCAACUCCAAGGUCAAUCGAAUCUGCGAUGCUUUUCUAGACGUACUGAAAACACGAACUGCUACAAACCUCCAAAAUAUUAUCACGGCGAAUGUGUGCAAAUCACCACCUGCACUCGAGGACGGAUUGCUCGUCGUCGCCAAGCUGAUGAAAGAGGAUAGUGCUAUGGCUGAUAAGGCUGUAGAGCAUAUCUGCUUCCUUGCAGAUGUCAACAAGCUCUACGAGAAUGCACUCGGACUGUACGACCUUGAUCUCGCCCUUCUCGUAGCGCAGCAGUCCCAAAAGGACCCCAGAGAAUAUCUACCAUUCAUGCAGAAAUUGCAAGAAAUGCCCGAGCUCCGCCGACGAUUCAGCAUCGAUGACUUCCUCGCUCGGCAUACGAAAGCCUUGGGCCAUCUCCACGCCCUUGAUGCCUUCUCCGAAGUCGUAGCAUAUACCCAAAAACACUCUCUCUACCAUUCUGCUCUAGCGCUCUACCGUUAUAACCCGACUCAGCACGAUACACUUACCGAGCUAUAUGCCCAAUAUCUCGAAUCCAAAUCUAACUUCAAAGAAGCCGCUCUGGCCUAUGAAUCGCUCUCCAAUUACGUCAAGGCAACAUCCUGUUAUCUAUCCUCUGGGCCAUCCCAAUGGCGCGAGACACUCUUCAGCGCACUCUCUCAGACCCCGCCCCUGUCAGGCGCUCCCCUCAUCGACCUCGCAACCUCUCUCUACGACGCCCUAAUCGAAAGCAAAGACUACUUCGCCGCAGGCACCAUCCAGCUCGAUUACCUCUCCUCAAUUGAGAACGCAGCUAGAACCUUCUGCAAAGGAUAUUUCUUCGCCGACGCAAUGCAUCUCGUAGCCUUGAAGCAGAAGCCCGAGUUGCUCGAGAGCGUGAUCGACCCCGGUCUAGCUGAAGCCCUGGCGUCUUCUACAGAGUUGCUAGCUGAGUGCAAAGCCCAGCUCCUGGCACAAGUCCCGCGGAUUCGGGAAUUGCGCAUCAAGGCUCUUGCUGACCCGUUGGCGUUCUAUGAGGGCGAGAGAGGAGGUGAUGGCGAUGUGCCGGACGAUGUCAGUGUAGCGGCCAGCUCGAGGGUGAGUACAAAUCGGAGUUUGUUCACUAGGUAUACGGGGAAGGGAAGUCAGGGGCAGAGUAUAGGGACGGCGGGGACAGGCGGAGGGAAGAGAGGAAGAGAGCUAGAGGGAAGAAGGGCAGUGUGUAUGAGGAGGAGUAUCUGGUUGCUAGUGUGGGGAGAUUGAUUGAGAGGGUGGAGAGUGUGAGAGGAGAAGUGGGCAGAUUGGUGACUGGUUUGGUGAGGAGAGGAAUGUGGGAACGUGCUAGGGCUGUUGAAGGGGGUUUGGCCGAGGUGGUAUCUAUGUGCCAGGCCUGCAUCCCUGAGGUCUUUGGCACGAAUGAGCCUCCGCAGGCUGAGGUAUCGGGCGAGGAGAACGCAUACCGACCUGUUGGGGGAGAU